UGCUUUAUUUUUGUCACGUUUUUUUUGUCCGUUUUUGUACAUGCAUAAACAGAAGUCAGUUUCACUAACAGGAUUACAAGUUUAGGAUCCGCAUGAUAUGCAUUUUAUUGUUGGAUCACUAAGAAACAACACAAGAAUAACAAUGCGAAGAUCUCUUCUUUCUUUGAUUUUAGCCUGUGCUCUGAGUUCUGCAUCUGGAGCUGAUGUUCGACUGGUCAAUGGUAGUAAUCCUUGCUCUGGUAGAGUUGAGGUCUUUCACAAUGGUAGUUGGGGAACUGUGUGCGAUGACUCUUGGGACAUUAAUGAUGCUGCUGUGGUGUGCAGACAAGUGGGCUGUGGAAAAGCUCUUAGUCCAAACAGUGAUGCUUUUUUUGGCCAGGGGAGUGACCCAAUCUGGCUGGAUGAAGUUGAAUGCUCCGGAAAUGAGAGCAGCCUUAUAGAGUGCAAACACAAUGGACUAGGAUCACAUAACUGUAGACACAGUGAAGAUGCUGGUGUUAUAUGCUCAGGUGAUGUUCGACUGGUCAAUGGUAAUUCCUGCUCUGGUAGAGUUGAGGUCUUUCACAAUGGUAGUUGGGGAACUGUGUGCGAUGACUCUUGGGACAUUAAUGAUGCUGAUGUGGUGUGCAGACAGGUGGGAUGUGAAAAAGCUCUUGGUGCCAACAGUGAGGCUUCUUUUGGCCAGGGGAGUGACUCUAUCUGGCUGGAUGAUGUUGCAUGUUUGGGAAGUGAGAGCAGCCUUAUAGAGUGCAAACACAAUGGACUAGGAUCACAUGACUGUGGACACAGUGAAGAUGCUGGUGUUAUAUGUUCAGGAGGUGAUGUUCGACUGGUCAAUGGUAGUAAUUCCUGCUCUGGUAGAGUUGAGGUCUUUCACAAUGGUAGUUGGGGAACUGUGUGCGAUGACUCUUGGGACAUUUAUGAUGCUGAUGUGGUGUGCAGACAGGUGGGAUGUGGCCAAGCUCUUAUUGCAAACAGUGAGGCUUCUUUUGGCCAGGGGAGUGACUCUAUCUGGCUGGAUGAAGUUGAAUGUUCUGGAAGUGAGAGCAGCUUAAAACAGUGCAAACACAAUGGACUAGGAUCAAAUGACUGUGAACAUGAUGAAGAUGCUGGUGUUAUAUGUUCAGAUAACAGAAUAAUAUUCCAUCCUGUAAAGAUUUGUUUACAAACUAUUUGAAGCCAGGGCUUAAAAUGGGCUCACAGUUAAAACUUGACUCUUCUGUAUCGUGUACUAAAACUGAUGGAAAAUUAAAAGCUGUUAUUUUCUAGGCAGAUAUGGCUAGGAACUAUACUCUCAUUCUGGCGUAAUAAUCAAGGACUUUGCUGCCAUAACAUGGCUGCAGCAGGCCUGGUGAUAUAAUGCACUUCCCGAAAAUAGUCCCCUUGGUUACUUUCAAUAGCAGGGGACUAUUUUCGGGGAGUGCGUAAUAAAACUAUGCCUGCUGCUACGAUUUUAUUUUUUAGCGCAAUGCUAAUGGUCUAAUCAGCUUGAAUGGAUUGUGCUAAGCUAUGCUAAAAGUGCUAGAGCCAGACCUGGAGAACAGCUGAAUGGAUUCCAAAAUGGUAAAACUCACAUGUUUAACUCCAUGGGAGCUGGAAAAUGAGCAUAUUUAAAAAAAAGUGGAAUGUCCCUUUAAGAUUAUUAAUGCUUACAUAUAUAUCGGGUUCUUUUGCAUUUUUGCUAUUGGUUUAACUCCUUAUGUUGAUUAUUUGCCUUUUAAAGCAACACUAUGUAGUUUUUCAACCUUUAAAUAAUGUCUCUAAAAUUAUUUCAGUGAUAGAACAACUCUUAACUAGACAAAUUCUACUGCUGCUGCAACCUGAGCAGCCUCCUAGCUGCUACAAGCACACUCUGAAAGUCGAGGUGGAGGGUAGAGCACACAGCCCCGCCCCUCCCCCUGCCUGCAAAAGAGUGUCUGAUACCAGGCACUGUUGCACAUUUCAACCACAUGGGGGAGCCGUAAGUCAUUUUUACAUGGAAACUACAUAGUGUUGCUUUAAACUUAUAAUUACUUACUUAUUUAAAUACCAUUGUUUAUAAUAGUUUGAUAGAUUCAGUGCUACAACAAUUGAUGCUGAUUAUUCAUUAUUUUGCCCUUACCUUUCUGUGUCCAUCAAGAUGCUGUGGCAGUAUUGCACAGAUGUUAUGUUUAUAAUGUAAAUAUUAUGUGUUUACAUUGAAAAGUUUUUUUAAUGUUUGAUUUUUCAUGAAGGUACGGUAGUUACAUUUGCAUUGCUAUUAAUGUUAAUAAACAUUUUACCCAGGACAA